CCCCCAUCCCCCACCACCACCACCACCACCACCUUGUGCUUUAAACCUUCAUCCCCACUCCCAGUCCCACGGAUACGAAAGACUACAUUUUUUUUUUUACCUCGUGUUUUUUUCCACCAUGAGUUACAUCCACAAGGUAUUGAAUGUUUUGCUACGUGGACUCGUCAUCUAUGCGGUACUGGGCUUGGAGUGCACUUACUCGAAUGAUCUACCCAGCCAGACAUCUGAUGCUGCAAACGUAGCCACCACAGACCCCUGUCUCAUUGUGAUGCCGCCAUGCAUGGGCGAGGCGGACCGCUUCAGUCUGGAGGCGCUGCGGCACAUCCACAAACAGCUGGACGACGACAACGACGGGGGGAUAGAGGUCAACGAGAGUGUGGAGUUUAUAAUAGAAGACAUGAAGCAGCAGCAAACCAACAAACACAGCAACCUGCACCGCGAAGACCAGCACAUCACUGUGGAGGAGCUGUGGAAGGGCUGGAAGACCUCCGAAGUCCACAACUGGACUGUGGACAACGCGGUGCAGUGGCUGAAGGAGUCGGUGGAGCUGCCGCAGUACGAGAAGAACUUCAGGGACUUCCGGGUCACAGGGAACACCUUACCUCGAAUAGCGGCAAAUGAACCGUCGUUUAUGUCGAUGCAGCUGAAGAUAUUAGACCAGCGGCAUAAACAAAAACUAAACCUAAAGGCACUAGAUGCAGUGCUGUUUGGCCCUCCUCUCCGUCCACAGCAUAACUGGUUGAAAGACUUUGUCCUGAUGGUUUCCAUAGUGAUUGGUGUUGGGGGCUGCUGGUUUGCAUACGUGCAGAACAAGUCCAGCAAGGUGCACAUCUCUCAGAUGAUGAAGGAUCUGGAUAGCCUGCAGCAUGCCGAGCAAAGCCUCUUAGACCUGCAGAGCCGGCUGGAAAAGGCUCAGGAGGAGAACCGGACGGUAGCCGUGGAGAAGCAGAACCUCGAGCAAAAGAUGAGGGAUGAGAUCACCGGGGCCAAAACGGAGGCUCACCGGCUUCGAGAACUGCGAGAGGGCGCCGAGUGCGAACUCAGCCGGCUCAAAUACGCUGAGGAGGAGCUAGUACAGGUGCGAAAGGCUCUGAAGCGAGCGGAGAAGGAGAUGCAGUCGGAGCGGUCGGUGCCCGAAGCCCUUCAGAAGUGGCUCCAGCUCACACACGAGGUGGAGGUUCAGUACUACAACAUCAAGAAACAGAGCGCUGAGUUUCAGCUGUGCGUCGCCAAAGAUGAGGCAGAGAAAAUAAAAAAGAAAAGAGGCUCCGUGUUUGGAACGCUUCAUGUAGCCCACAGUUCAUCGCUGGAUGAGGUGGACCACAAGAUACUGGAAGCAAAGAAAGCCCUGUCAGAGGUAACGGCGUGCCUGAGGGAGCGGCUGCACCGCUGGCAGCAGAUCGAGAAGCUUUGCAACUUCCCUGUAGUCAACAACGCGGGGCUGCCGAGCCUGACGGCCAGCCUCUACUCAGACCACAGCUGGGUGGUCAUGCCGCGAGUCUCUGUGCCUCCCUACCCCAUCGCAGGGGGAGUGGACGACCUAGACGAGGACACGCCUCCCAUCAUUCCGCAGUUCACAACGACCACGUUGAUCCGGCCAUCCCUGACUCGCAGCAGCAGCCUGUGUCGGUCCCGCCGGAGCCUGCUGAGCUCGCCACAGUCCUCGCUGAUGUCCCCAGACCCCGACCUGCUGUCCAUGGCCAGCUCUUCCCUCUCCUAUCGCCCCGAGGCAGACGACGAACAUAUCAUGUUCAGCUCGGAUAGGAGGGGGUAUGUAGCGGUGGCCGGAACGCCGCGGAAUGGUUUUACAGUUUGGACUCACAGGGAACCGGUUCAAGAGGGCAGCUCCGACACAGACUCUCUCAACUCCUCCAUGGGCCGCAAGCAGCUGCACAACCCCUGCACGCCGGGCUCCGACACCCCGUACCGCAAGAUCUCCCGCGAGGAGCUGCUGCUGUUGAGCCAGAACCCGGAGCUUCCCGCGUCCACCGCCGCCACCUCCACCACCCACACCGCCAGCAGCAGCAGCAGCAGCAGUCUCAGGGACUCCACACCUCCCCCUCUGCCUCCCACUCCGGCCACCACCCCCUCCGGCCCGCCCUCCACCUCGCCUUCCCCGGCCUUGGAGCACCAUCCGUUUGCACACAGAGGCUCGCCCGACCUCACCCGCAUCAUACCCGAGUCCCAAAGCUUAACCUUCUCACAGGGGAGCGCCACCUCUCCGACUGGCAAGGGCAUGUACAACGGCAUCCUGGAGAAGUCCUACAGCUUCGGCCAGCUGCCCGCGAGCAUGCUGCCCAACGUGGGGCGCCACCCGUCUCUUACUUCCCUGGACUCGGAGGGCCGGAGCGUGGGAAGAGAAUACAAGCUCCAGAGCACCUCCUCCCAGGACUCCAGCGACAAUGGAGAGAAAGUCAAGCGCUCCUCCUCUAAAAUCAAAAGCUUAUUUAAGAAGAAAAAAUAAAACUUGCAGAGUGAGAUAGUGUGAGACAGAGAGAGAGAGAGAGAGAGAGAGAGAAAUCAAAUAUAAAGAGUUGUUUUAGCCCUAAUACUAAAAUAAAUGGACAUCACUGUAAGCUAAAACAUUUCAUUUUCUCUCUUAUUUUCUUCUUUUUGUCGUCAAAGAUGGAAUGUAGCUCAGUCCAGGUGCCUUUAAACGCCCCAGACUGGUAGCCUUAUUUUUCAAUAAUGCCUUUUUAUUUAGUUCACUCAUAGCCUCACAGGGAAACCUGCGACGGUCAAAGAAAAGUCAAUGAAAGGUCAAAGGUCAUGAUAGUUGUCAUCCAGACAACCGAAAACACAUGGCCUGUUCACUGUCUUCUAUUUGUUUUGGUUCGAACCAAAAAGCCACUAUGGGUAAAGGGUCUAAAGGUGCAGUCCAUAAAUGUAUUCUGAAGCACACAAUGUGCAGCGUUUCACUGUGGAUGUCCAGAAGGAUGUUUGCUGUCAUUACUGAAACUGUUUGAAUCACACUUUGAGUGGUGACAGCAGCACACGAAUAUCACAGAAUUCUCUCAGUCAGUUUCUUUUUAACCCGAACUACCCCCCCUCCACCUGCCCCCUUCAAAUUAUGGAUUGCAUCCUGUGAAGUCUUUGAGUCCUAAACUCGUGUACUUGAUUAAUUUCCUUUUUGAAAAAAAAAAAUAUGAAAAAAAAAACCUGCUAAAAGUUUGUUGCACUACUGCUUUCCUGGUAUUUUGGGAAAGAGCCGCUGCUUGCGGAGUACAUAUUGAAUAAAGUUAUAGAGAUGAGAGGAAUACAUGGGCAGCGGCAGUGGAGAUGCAGCACAUAAUGCCAGAGCCAAAAUUAUCUGACGCGUCUUCAGUGCCACUACUUAUGGAUGUCUCAAUAUAUAUAAAUAUAUAUAUACUUUGUUUUCACAUUAUUAUGUUCUUAUAGAUGUUUUUAAAUAGAUUUAUAUUGGUGAGGGUUCCUAUGAACUGAUCUUUACUGAAGAAGGUUUAUUGAAUAUGCAGAUUUUAACCGCACCAUCAUUUCCCCUGUAAUCUAGCUGUCCCUUAUUACUUGAUUAACUGUCUCCUGUAGCCACACCAGACAUACCAUUUCCAUUAUUUGUCUUAAAUACCCUCUAGCCCUGGUGUCACUACCGGAUUUCGGUCAAAUUGUCUGUGCAAAUAAUUCUUUUCGUGGUUGGAGUGCCAUAUUCAUGCCCAUUUAAGGAAGCAAGAGUGCCAGGACGUGUAAGACAGUUGCAGGAAUGUCAUUAAAAAAACAAAAAACAAAAGAGAGUAGUAUCUGUAAUCCACUGCUGACUACCCCAUCUCUACUGUACUGUCAUGAUGUGGCCUGUACCAUCUGUGUUUCCGGGCUUUUUCUUAGAGACAAACACUAAGGAUUAUCUGUUUAAAAAAAAAAAAAAAAAAAAAAAGGAACUAUUUGAUCCAGAUCUGAUCGAUACACCAAGACCUGCCCCCCCUCCUGCCCCCUCCCCCAACCCCCACACACUAAGCUCGAAGCCGACCCAUGCAAUACGGUCCUGUUCCUCACCUCUGGGCCCGCACCGAGCGCACUGAUGUCAAGAGCUCCUGCUUCACACUGUGAUUUCUGCCUUCUUCCCUUCAUCCUGGACCUGGCUGUCACUGCUGCAAUUGAAACACGACGGGUCAUGUGACAAGCGUGACGGAGGCGACGCCACGAAAUGUCAGGGGGGGCGAUGCCGUUCACGAGGUGUGUCUGGAUGACAGGGCGACAAGAGGAACCAGUGGCCUGUUUUUAAAUUAAUAAAAAAAUAUAUAUAUUUGGAAGGUUGUGGCAGUACAGCACACAAUGAAGGAAAUAGAAGACAGAACUGCAAGACGAGGAGAAAAUGAAUGUUUACGAGACAUUAGGAGUUUUUUGAGAACAUUUUGUGUGUGAAUAUUUGUAUACUGUAGAAGAAUUAAUAAAAAAAAAUGGAGGCAUUGUA